CAGACCUUGAGGGUUUGUAAAUGUUCCACAUGUCGAAGGGACUGAACAACUUUACAUGGAGGAUCGACUCGAAAGUCAACUCUUUUGAUACUCACCAUGAUUGGAACAAGAUUACCGGCAAGGAAAAACAAGACCAGUUACCAGUCCGAGUGGGAUGACGUGCUUCCUGUAUCCAAACUCAGCUUCUCUGUGGCAUCUGUCCUCGUCUUCUGUCUGGCGGUGCUGUGCUUCAAGAACAGUCAUGAGGGGGAGUUUGUGUUUGACGACAAUUGGGCCAUCACCAAAAACCAGGAUAUAUUACCUGAAACUCCACUCACAGCUAUAUUUUCUCAUGAUUUCUGGGGACAGUUGUUGGAUGAAAAGAGUCACAAGUCAUACAGGCCACUUACUGUGAUGACCUACAGAUGGAACUACGCAUGGGCAGGAGGACUUCAUCCUCGGGGCUUCCACGUUGUCAACAUCGUCCUGCACGGCUUGGUGUCGGUCAUCUUCCUGGCAGUAUUCUCUGUCCUCAUGUCUGGUUACCAGGUGGACCAGGAAUCUGCCAGGCCGGUGUUUGCCUCGCCCCGAGCCGCUCUACUGUGUGCUGUGUUGUUUGCUGUACAUCCAAUCCACACUGAGAGUAUUGCUGGGGUCGUGGGUCGAGCUGACCUGCUGUGUGCCUUGACCUUCCUUCUCUCAUUCCUACUGUAUGCCAAGGCAUGCGUCAGUCCUUCAUGCUUGGUCAGCUACCGUCCCGAGUCCUUCUCCCUGGUGUCUAUACUGGCCAGUAUGUGUCUGUGUGUCGUGUCCACCUUCUGUAAGGAGCAGGGCAUCACUGUCAUAGGCAUAUGUAGCGUGUUCGACAUCGUCGUUGUGUGUAGACUCGACCCUUUCAAGCUGCUGUCUUUUAUGAAAGAUCCCACCAAGAGUAAGAAGAAAUGGGUGACGGGACUCAUCAAACGUCAUCUCAUCCUGUUACUGACUGGCGUUUUGCUCCUCCUCGUCAGACUAUGGAUAAUGCGAUCAUCAACUCCUAACUUCUCAGUGGAUGACAAUCCACAUACCAUGGUCAACGGCACGAUAUUGAAAAUUUUGAACUACAACUACCUUUAUGCAAUGAACUCUUGGCUGCUGUUGAAUCCAUGGUGGCUGUGUUAUGAUUGGUCGAUGGGCUGUAUACCUGUCAUCACCUCAUUGGCUGACCCCAGAAUACUGGCAGUCAUAGCUCUCUGGACGGCGUUUGCCGCUUUGUUCCACCACUGUUACCAUGGUGAUCUAACAAGUUAUCGCAGGAUCCUGAUAAUGUCCCUGGGAGUGUUGGGAGUUCCCUUCCUGCCAGCCAGCAACCUGUUUUUCCGUGUGGGCUUCGUGAUCGCAGAGAGGAUACUGUACCUGUCCUGUGCUGGCUUCUGUAUGUUGGUGGUGCUCGGGGCCAGAGAGAUCUGUCAUCAACUGCAACAACAUUUCGUAGCAAAGAAGAUUGUGUCCGGAGGUUUCGUGUGCCUCGUGUUGGUGUUUUUCUUACGAUCAGCUGAGCGCUGCAAGGAGUAUAGAGAGGAACUGACCUUAUACACAUCUGGAUUGAAGGUCUGCCCACUGAACGCCAAGGUCCACUACAAUCUUGCCAGAGUUCAGACUGAUCACAACAAUACAGACAUCGCUAUCCAUGAAUUCAGAGAGGCUCUGGUGCUAAAACCGGGACAUGUUGGCGCAAUGAACAACUUGGCCGCCAUUCUCAAGGGAAAAGGUGAAUAUGAGGAAGCGGAGGAGUUGCUGGAAAGAGCUGUCAGUAUCAGACCAGACCACGUGGAGGCAUGGAUGAACCUAGGAGUUGUACAGGCAACGUUGAACAAGAAUGAGUCGGCAAACAACAGCUUCGGUAAUGCUCUCUUACACUGCAAGGUGCCCACAGAAUGCAUGUAUAACCUUGGCAAUCUGUACUGGCACCUAGGACGCCACACAGACGCCAUCGACGCCUUCCACAAUGUAACACAGGAUGCACCAACACACACUGCAGCCUGGAUACAGUUCCUCCAGCUUCUGGAUGUUCUAAAGCUAUACAACCGUGCCAUUGAGAUCGGAGAGAAGGCUCUGGAGGUGUUGACAUAUGAACCAGAGUUGACGUUUCGCCUCGCUACUAUUUACCUAAAAACAAAGCAAUACAAGGAAAGUGAAAAACACCUACAGGCUGCCAUCAAGCGAGACACCCGGAAUCCGUAUCUACAUCUGAAUCUAGGUGUUCUGUAUCGUCAGACUGGGAACAAAGAGAAAGCGGAGGCAGCCUUCAAGAAGGCACUGAAGUUGGCGCCAAAUGACCCGCUCAUUCUUCAAAAUCUCCAGGCGCUUCAUACAAAGACGUUAAAUACAUAAGCAAUUAUUAACUUUGAUUCAGCGUGUUGUGUAGCCUUUGCUCUUUUAUAAUAAAGUCAUGUGUAUUUG